AUGAGUGUUACGAACGAAAAUUUGAAAGAACAAAUUCCUUCAGGAUCUUGUAGUCCUGUACUUGGAUGGUCACCAUUACCUCCACGAAGACAUCUGAAUUUUGUAAACAAUGAGGCACCAGUAAAGCAAGUUGUUGGAUUAGAGAACGAUUUAUAUCCCAACUGUGACGUUAGUAUUUGGCUAAGAUCAUGUGAAACUGAAAUUAUAACACCGUUAAAAGGAGAAGUUAAAGGUGAUAUUCCUUCCUGGCUGAAUGGAUCAUUAAUAAGAAAUGGACCUGGAUCAUUAAGAGUUGGAGAUGAGGAAUUUACUCACCUUUUUGAUAGUUCGGCAUUACUGCAUAGAUUUGGAAUUAAAAAUGGCGAAGUUACUUACCAAUGCCGGUUUUUAGAUUCUGAAAUAUUUAGAAAAAAUUCAGCUGCCAAAAGAAUUGUUAUGACAGAGUUUGGUACAAGAGUUGUUCAAGAUCCAUGUCAAUCCAUAUUUAAAAGAAUAGCUGCUAUUUUUAAGAACGAAGUUUCCGACAACGCUAUGAUUUCUGUAUAUCCUUUUGGAGAUAAGCUAUAUGCAUUUAACGAAAUACCAGUAGUUCAUCAAAUAAAUUCGGAAACAUUGGAAACAGAAGACAAAGUAAAAAUUGACCAAUACGUUUCAAUAGUACAUCAUACGUCACAUCCUCAUGUUUUGAAUGAUGGUACUGUAUACAAUUUAGGAUUGUCUGUUUAUGCUACUGGGCUAUACCAUACGAUAGUUCGAUACCCAAAAAUUGAAAAUGGUAAUUCAAAGUCCAUGUUCAAAAAUGGAGAAAUCGUGGCAACUAUUCCAGCAAGAUGGACUUUAAAUCCUUCAUAUAUGCAUAGUUUUGGAAUAACUGACAACUACUACAUUAUUGUAGAGCAACCGUUAAGUAUAUCAGUACCUGGUAUUAUAACAUCAAAAUUUAAAAAUGAACCUUUGGCUGGUUGUUUUAGAUGGUUCCAUGAAGAAUAUACAAGGAUAUCUGUAGUUUCAAGAAGCACAGGCAAAUUGUACAGAACAUUUUAUGCAGAAUCAUUUUUUUAUCUCCACAUUAUCAACCAAUAUGAAUCUGAAAACGAUAUAGUUAUUGAUAUCUGCAUUUAUAAAGACCCUUAUAUGUUGGACUGCAUGUAUGUCGAAACAAUGAAGUCAAUGCAACAAAAUCCUGAUUAUGCUAAAAUGUUCAGAGGUCGACCAGCACGAUUUGUACUACCAAUAAAUCCUGAUUUAAAUACAACUGAAAAAACGCAACUUCAUAAUGGAAAAAUGAUAGUCAAACCAGAAAAGCUGUGCAAUCUUGGCUGUGAAACACCCAGAAUCAACUAUGAAAGCUAUUUAGGUAAACCUUACCGAUAUUUUUACGCAAUAAGUGCUGAUGUUGACGCGGAUAAUCCAGGUACACUCAUAAAAGUUGAUACUCAAAAUAAAUCUACUAAAACGUGGGGUGAAAAAAACUGCUAUCCCAGCGAACCAAUAUUUGUACCCAGUCCAGGAUCCACAAAAGAAGAUGAAGGCAUAAUUUUAUCAGCUAUGGUUUGGGGGAGAGAAGAUACCAAUCACGUUGGAUUGUUGGUACUUGAUGGACAAACAUUUACCGAAUUAGGUAGAGCAGAGUUUAAAACCCAAAGUCCAGUUCCGAAAUGCCUACAUGGAUGGUUUUUGGCAGAAUGA